AUGCCCACGCUCAACACCAACAUCAAACAAACCCCACGCCCCACUACAACAUCCACAACCCCACACCAACACCACACACCCCAAAACCCACGUCUCACUAACAACCCACACCCAACACCCCACGCCCAACAACCAGCAUCCAACAACCCACACCCACGUCCAACACCAGCAUUCCCACAUUCGACGCUCCAUACCGACGCCCCACACCCCACGCCUAAAACUCAAAUCCCCAAACCCCACGCCUGUCGCCCAAAACCUAAACCCCACACCCAAAAUCCCCGCCCCAUAACCCACAUCUCACAACCCAUGCCUAACACCCCACACCUCGCCCAACACCCCACAUCCAACAACCAACACUCACACCCACAUCCACACCCACGCCAGCCAGCCAGCAUCCUUGCACCCCGCACCCGACACCCCGCACCCGACACUCCACACCCAACACCCACGCCCAACACCGCACAACCAACAUCCCCAAACCCCACGUCUCACGCCCCAAAACUAACACCCAUAACCCCAUUCUCUAAGUCCACUCCAACACCCCACACGCAACAUCCCACACCACACGGCCAACAACCCACAACCCACAACCCACAGCCCACAACCUACAACACAGAUCCCAACACCAACAGCAACAUCAACAUCAACAUCAACACCAACAUCAACACCCCACAUCACGCCAACAUCCAACAACCAAAACCCAACGCACGCGCACACACAUACCAUAUUCCAACCACAGUCACCACUGAAUGA